AUGGUCAGCCGUGCAGAAGCAGAGCAACUUUUAAGACAUCUUGAUAAAGACAAAAGUGGUAAAAUCAGCACACAGGAACUUCUAGAUUUCCUCAAGACUGCCAAUUGUCCAUUGAAUAAAAAUCAGGUUCAGAAAUUCAUCAGUGAGCAUGACAAAGAUGGGGAUGGACAAUUAAAUCUGGACGAGCUGCUUAAAAUUUUAUCCUAA